AUGGGUUUUCGAGGUAGGCCCAAUGAGGAUCCAAACGCUCACCUUACAAACUUCAAGAUGAAUUGUAAUGCGAUAAAGAAAGGGCCGAGCAUAACUACGGAUGAUGUGCUCCUUGAAGCCUUUCCCUAUUCCUUAAUGGAGAGAGCAAGAGAUUGGUUCUACACCCUCGAGCCAAACUCCAUCUCGUCAUGGGAUGAGAUGGAGGAACAAUUCCUAAUGCAAUAUUACUUGCCCACCAAGACUCAACAUGCGAGGAACCGGAUAAAUUCUUUUGUACAAGAAGAUGGAGAGAAUCUACAUGAUGCAUGGGAACGCUUUAAAGAGUACCAAAGGAUGUGCCCUCACCACGGAAUGGAGCGAGAUUAUCUACUAUCCAUCUUUAUCCAUGGGUUGAAAGAUGACACGAGAUCAUGGAUUGAUGCAGCGUGUGGGGGUGACAUCUAUGACAUCCUCUUUCAAGAGUUGGAAGCAACGAUUGCAAAACUAGCUAAGGGACGCAGUCACACAUCAAAUGAGUUUAGUAGAAAGAGCUCAACAAAGGGAGAUAUCGGAGAAAGCAUUGCACUCAAAUCAGUCUUGUCACAACUUGAGGAGAUAAAACUCCAUCUAGCCGGCAAUAAGCAAGUGGCUGCGAUAGAGGAGCAUGGUUCAACACAAAUCCAACCAGGAAUGUACUUAGUUGAUCAAGGAAUGGAGGAAGCAAACUAUGUUGGCCCGAACCAAUACAAUCAUCCUUCGAACCUCUAUCAUCCCGGGCUAAGAAACCACUCGAACUUCUCUUACAAGAAUCCGGCGAAUGCAUUGAACACUCAGCCGGGGUUUCAACGAAACAACCAAGGACCCCCAGGAUUCCAAUCUAAGUUCCAGCAACAAUCCCAAGAGUCUUCAAGGUUAUCAAGGAACUUCAAACUUCAGAAUGCAACAAUCACAAUCCAAGGAGCAAGAUCCUGA